CCUCUCUUGAGGAAAAUUGGCAAAAAGCUUAAGUUUUUCCCUUGCUUUCUUGUCCAAGAACAAGAAUUAGGACCUAAAAGCCUCAUAAAGCAAGAAAAAUCCCAGAUCUAGUUGCCUUCCUCCUCCCCUGCCGUCGAUUUCAACUUGGUGUGGGUGUGAAUUUCUUAAUUUUUGGUUGCUAUGAGUUCCUCCAUUUCUUUUCCCCGUCGGCUUCCUUCCCAGCCGGACCUGGUGCUACUUGCCGGAAGAUUUUGGGUAUGUGGCAACCCCUUGAAUUCAACUUUUACCCAUUUAAUUGCUAAAACUAUCCAUGUAAUUGCUGCCCCUGUAUUGUUCAAUUUCUGCCGAAAUAUAGAAGAAAUUGUAGCACUUCAAGUUGUGUUCUUAAGUGUUCUGUCACCCGAGCACUUGGCUCGAGUUUCCGGUAUUACGUGAUUUGAGGUAAGUAAAUUAUGAUAAUGCCUUUCGAUUUCAAAGCGUGUUUUAAAUUGUUUUUGAGAUGGUGGCAAGGUUUAAAUUAAUUUUAUUAGCACCAAGCAUGAUUGGUUUGAAAUGAAAUUGUUUUCAUUUGCAUUGAGUAGAGCAUGCCUACUUGGAAUUUGCUUAACUGCCUUGAUGAUCUGAGAAUUUUGUAAAUUUUGAUUUUUCUGUUAAAUCCAUGCGCACAUGGAAUUUUCUGCUUUAUUCUGAAAUUUGAGAUUGAUUGUGAAUUACGAAUUUUUCCUAUAAAUCCUGCAUGGUUUUGUCUCUGAUAUAGUCAUGAUUACUGACGCCCGCUAGUGGGAGUUUGCAAACGCUAGCACAUGUCAACAUGUUUACUGAUAUGACCGGUUCAUUCUGUAAUCUUGCCAAUGGGAUAAUACAUUGGUAAUUACUGACACUUGCCAAUGGGCGAAUACAUUGGUAAUUACUGACGCCUGCCAAUGGGAGUUUGUUAAACACUGGUUAUUAUUGAUGCUUACCAAUGGGAGUUGUUAAACACUGGUUAUUACUGACGCCUACCAGUGGGAGUUGUUAAACACUGACCAUGACUUAUAGAUGAGACUACUACUAAAUUUUCUUCUGCAUUAAUGGUUUAUUAUUGAACGUUUUGUUAUGUUAAACUGUUUAUCAAGCAUGCUAAAAUUUUAUUCAUGGGCUAUCCAUAUUUUUACUUAUUGAGAUAUUUUAUCUCACCUAGUUUUUCCUUGUCCACCACUUCAGGUAGUGAUAUCAGACACAUGGGGAGUCGGGGGAGCGACGAACUAGAUAGCUAGGCAUUAUUUUGGACUUAGAUCUUUUGGAGUUAGGCCGCUAGUCUCACAUGGUUAACCUAAAUAACCAUAUUUGUGUACAGAGUUUCCUUGGUUAUAGCCAUAACUAUCUUAUAAACUGUUGUACAUCUU